CGACGGUAAGAAGAACCAGGAAGCAAGAAGCAAAAACAAACCAUAGAAACAAACAAACCUCGCCGCGGAGAGCUAACGCGAGUUGGGCUCGCGAAGCAAAGUGUCUCAUUUACGGUGGACAACACAUAUUUUGUUUUAUGUACAGGACGUAGGAGAUAGUGUUUACAGACUACAAAGAAUACUAAAAGAUUGCCGAGAAAGUGAGUAACCAAACCACUCUAAUUGAUUUUGCACGAUGACAUGUCAGGAAACAAAGUGAUAAAACCGGGACACCCUCAGAUUACAGGCUUCAAAGGGCCGACGUUAGCAGGAUACUAAGUGCGACUGUAACCCUCCGAGGAUGGUGCACAUUGGUGUGUGGCGCGUGAGAGCUCAACUGAAUGUCGCCAUACUGGUUUUCUGCUGCCUCCUGGUGCCCUCAACCACACAUGCCUACAUCUAUGCUCACUAUAGCAAUAUGACCUCCAUGUUGUUUGAGGACCUACCUGCCUUGUUUGGAUCUCCGCUUCCCAAGGAAGGGCUAAUGGGAGUUUUGGUGGUGUCCCGCCCACUUAAUGGCUGCACAGCAAUAGAUCCUCCUCCUCCAUUGCCACCAUCAUUUGAUGCUAACACCACCAAAUCCAUUGUUCUCAUCAGACGCUAUGAUUGCAAUUUUGAUAUAAAGGUCUUGCAUGCACAGCAAGCUGGAUAUGAUGCUGCAGUCAUUCACAACAUGUAUUCUGACACUCUGCUCAAUAUGAACUACAGCAAUGACACUAUUGCAGAAGAGAUUGAAAUCUCUUCAGUCUUCACCAGCUACUAUGCCUCCCAAAUUCUCAGGAAUUUUAUAAUUCCAGAACAAGGGGCAUAUGUGAUCCUCAAGCCAGAGUUUUCUUUUCCACUCUCAUACUACCUUAUUCCCUUCACUGGAGUAGUUGGCAUGAUCAUUCUUGUGAUGUUUGUUGUCUUGGUAAUACGAUGUGUGCGAUAUAGAAAAAGGUUGCGGAAAAAUCGUUUGUCCAAAGAACAACUGAAGCGGAUUCCAAUCCACAGGUUCAGUAAAGGGGAUGACUAUGAUCUUUGUGCAAUAUGUUUGGAUGAGUAUGAAGAAGGAGAAAAGCUGCGAGUUUUACCUUGUGCCCAUGCAUAUCACUGCAAGUGUGUCGACCCGUGGCUCACGCAGACCAAGAAGACUUGUCCUGUGUGCAAACAGCGGGUCACUCGAAACAACACUGAGCACUCUGAGUCUGAGUCUGAGGAGGAAACUGGACGUCGGGAGGAGGAAAGAACCACGGGUGAAGCAGAUUCGGAGCGCACUCCUCUUCUUCGGCCCUCCAACCCGGGUUCCCCCUCGGGGAGCCUGGGGGCCUAUUCAGCUACCACCACGACCACUACUGCCCAGUGCCUCGCCUCUCCUGCACACUGCGACUCUCCCAUCUUGGGUUACGAAGGCUUCUCCUCCCCUGAGGAGGAAACGGACUCAGAAAGUGAGGACACGGUAGAGGAAAGGCAUCACACCGAUGACGACACUGCUCAGCUCAUCGGUAGGGAUACAGUGGAGGUCUGAUGGCUGGAACUGGCUACAAUAAGGUUACUUAGAUUUACCUAAAAGGGGGGGGGGGCUCUCUGUCAACAAAUGUGCUGUCACUCUCUAUAGUUUAUUCACCCUGUAAUUUAUAAUAGUAUGCGGAUUUGGGGUUAACUUUCUCGAGGUAUUCUUGCAACAUUUGUUCAUUAGAAAAGAAUCAUUUAUCCGUUAACCAGAGGUUGGCUUGUUGGUGUCAAAGUAAAUGCAGCACAUGCAUUGAUCAGAAAUCCAACAUUUUACCCCUUUAUAUACACACAUUCACUCUCGUGCUCCCUUAUUUGCUUGCAUGCUUUAUUGCAUGCUGUAAUUCCUAACUUGACCACAGCAUAUAUGGGUCUUUGGUUCUCUCUGUAAGGUUAGGGGCAGUUUUAAGACUCUUAAUUCUAUUAUAUAUAUUUUUUUUAAGUCUGAUAGUGCUUUUACACAACUUCAACAAGAAUGAACAGGUGGAUGAGAAAUGUUUGUCUUUAUUUAAUAGUUUAAUCCAUUUUAGGUCUCUUUCUAUGUGUUUUUAAACCUACAUUUCUUUUUUCUUAAAUGUCAGAUUUUUCUCAAAUUCAACGUUAAAUUACACGAAGAUGCAUACAUUUUAUGUUAUACAUUUCUGCUGCUUUCACAUGUUUUAGCGGUACUACGCUCGAGGUCAGUUAAAGAAAAAUAUUUUUAGCUUCAUCCAGUUUGUCAAGUCGAACAAACUCAGGCUUGUAGCAACAAAUGAAAGGUCAGUGCGCAUUGUAAAAGACAUAGUGAGGAUUAAUGGGUUUUAAUCUUACAAAUUUCAUCCGCUUUUUAAGUAAAAUACAGAUUUGUGAAUAUUUAACGAGUACGUUUCCAUUUUUCUACAAAAUCGAAUGACAUGUCAAAUAGUCGGACCCUGGAAAAAGAGAGCGUUGUCUUACAUUGGCCUUGAUGUACAUGUGUCAAUGUAAAUUAAAUGUUUUGAAGCUGAAGGGACAGGAUUCACACUCCUAUGUUUUCCUUAUGUGUAGCCGUGCUAAAUACUGCAGCUUUGAUCUGAAAAUAAUGUGCUCCACAUUUGCUAAAUGGUGACAAACACGGAAAGAGAAAGCCCGUGGUCACACAUGUUCAGUGCGCGUAAUGAUUCAGAUUGUUGGCAUCGUCGCACUCAUCUUGCACCUGAAACUUUGGACAAGCUCAGCGGCUGUCCCACGAGACAGGGUCUCUCUCUCUCUACACUUUAUAAAAAUUAGCUGGGUUGGGUCUGUGCUGUUGAUUUAUAUAUUAAAGAGCAAAACAACCGGGAAACUUGAAAAGUUGAUUCAGCCAACUGUCUCACCACUCCAAGUAAAUGUAAUGUCUAACUUGAUCUAACAUCAUACAUUCACUACUGGAAAUCUUGUUUUUAAUGUUUGACAACCUUACACUAUGGUGUUUUUCCUAGACCAGAUCACGUGAGCCGUGUUUCCUCUUUAUUCAUGUUAUGUUGCUCCACUACGGCCAGAGAAAUAUUAAUUUCAGAAAUGUAAUAUUAUGUUUCUGUAAUCUAUAAUCGCGUGCUCCAGGUGUUUCAAGAAUUGAUUCAUCAAUUAAAAUAACAUGCCCCCACCAUAUCACCUCAGCUUGAACUCUACUCUUACUCAUUCCUACAUUACAUCAGGUAGAUGAUCCAAUGAAACAACCCCACCCCUUCAGAAAAACACGACACAAUGGCAUGUGAUAAUGGAGGAAACACUGCACAGGAUGUAUAUAAAAUUCUGCGUCUGAUGAAUAGUUUUUGGUAAGGUGCAUUUCGAUGUUGGAGAGUAAAACUGCAAAAAACAAUUAUGUUUAUAUUUUACUGCUGAUUGAUUUAAAGACUCAAACUAUUGAGGAUUCAUUUGGAUUUGUUGCAAUAGUCAGUAUUGUAAAAUAGAACUGCCAUUUUCCUAUAUUUGUAGUAUGCUUCUACUCUACUUUUUUUUUUUUUGCUCUAUGUCUCAAUUUAAGGGACUGUUAAAUGACUCAAAUGGAAAAAAUGUAAAACCUAAACUAUCGUGUUUUUCCGUCUUUUAGAAUGUGCCUAGUUUAUAAACUUAACUAAAACAUGUUCGGUGUCAAGUGUGAUUCUGAUGUAUUAGACAAAGGUUUGAGAAGCCGAAUGUCUGAACAGUGGAAAAGUUCUGUUUAACACGGAAAUGGGACUGUGGUGCCAUUUGUUUGUCCAGAUGAGAAAAAUUAAUAACACUCGUUACAAAGACCUAUAGACACAUGAUUCUUUAUAAUAAAGCAAUUAUACAACAA